ACCUGGCAGGAGUUGCAUCCUGCCUUGAGGAUAAAAGCCCCAGGCAGGUCUCUGACUUCUUGUUCUGCUCCCACACUAUGGCAGUGGCCAGUUUAUAACGUGAGGCAGAUCUGGUUUUAGUAGAGAUUGUGUCUCUUUACAUUACAGAGGUUUUGUGUAAGUAUUUGUAGGUUCAGAAAAGGAGAUAAUGUGGUGCUUACAGGUUUAGCACAUACCCUAGAUUCAAUUGACUGUGGUGGACCAAGGAAGGUAGAUGCAAGGAAGUAAAAUGUGGAGAUGGGAAGUAAAGUCCUUAACAGACAAAAGAGAGAAAGGAGAAUUUUAACAGUGUGAAAUAGUAGGGAAUUCUGCAAUAGGGCUUAUAAAAAAGUCUUAAAAAUAAUUUAAGGCUUAAGCUUAUAAAUUGGAACCAGUUAUAGGUUGAAAUGUGCUCACAAGUGUACCAAGGGACCAGUGGCUUUGUAAACAGCACGGGUUGGGGGAAACCAAAAAUAGCAUUGGUGGAUAAAUCUUUACUCUGCUGGGAUUGUUCUCAUGAGGCACUCUUGUAACACUCGUGGUGGUUUUCCCACGCUUGGUGAUCUUUUCAUUGAACUAAAAACGUAGGAAAUUGUUGACUUCUGAUUUUAAAAAGGCCAGUUGACUGGAAACUUGUAGGAAACAUCAAUAAUACAUCAGAUACUGGCGACAGAGGAAAAAGGAACCAAACUCCUAAGUCUCAUAGCUUUUAUGGAUUUAACUCCAUUGGCCUUCAACUGGUCACGCCACAACCUCUGAUGGAAGAAGUCUGCAUUUAGUAACAUAAAUACUGGCUGUUUUAUCUCGUACCCAUGAGAUAAAAGGUGAGCCUGCUAUAUAAAGACUCAUUUCCCUUAGCAUCAGUCUUCGUGUCAAGAGCUGUGAGAAUGAAGUUCCUGGCCCUGCUUUUCCUGCUGUCGGUGGGCACAGCCAGUGCCGAGGAGGUCUCGUCCCGGGCCGUGUGGCUGUUCCGUGAGAUGAUCAAGUGCACCCUGCCCAACAGCCACCCACUGCUGCAAUUCAACGGCUACGGCUGCUACUGCGGCUUGGGGGGCGGUGGCACUCCAGUGGACGAGCUUGACAGGUGCUGCCAAGCACAUGAUAACUGCUACUCAAAGGCACUGAAAAUGGAAUCCUGCAAAUUCCUCCUGGACAACCCCUACACUAAGCUGUACCACUACAGCUGCUCUAAUGAGCAGGUCACAUGUAGCAGUACGUCCAUUUCCACUUCACUCCAGAUGUUCUCCAGCCCCUCAGGAAAGAGCAGGGCUGUUUACACUCACACCUCUGUGGCAGGAAGGCACAGUGCAAGUUCUUGCCAGGGGACCUGGUCGUUAGGAAAGAGGGCACCUCAAAGAGGCACUGGAAUGAGUAUUCUCUAUAUAGCCCACAAUUCAAAGUUUGUGAAGACAAAUGGUACAGCAGAAGAUAGAGAGGCCUGUCUAGUCUUCAGGGGAUUGAGUACUUUUCUGGGAGGCCUUCUAAUGGCAGUAUGCAAGAGAUCAGCAUGCUAACUCAGCAUUGUUAUACAUUUUCUGCCAGACACCUCUGAUGACCAGUGGAGAUUUUAAAGGCCUCUGGAAUGUAGGUAAAGAGCAGAGAGGCUGGCAAAUUAGGCUGCAGGGAAGAAGGGGCAAGGAGAGAGAUGGCUUGGCUGGAACACACACCUUUCGGGGCACUGGGCUAGUGGGCAGAAGCCUGUUUCCCCCUAGAACGAUGGCAGCAGUGAAGGGGGUACACCGCGACAGCAGAAAUGCCAACCCGAGCCACGGCAGCGCCUGGCGAAGGAGCCGCGGGCUCUGACCGCUCCUCUCUCUCCUCCAGGAGAGAACAAGGACUGCGCCGCGUUCAUCUGCAACUGCGACCGCACCGCUGCCAUGUGCUUCGCCAGGGCACCCUACAACCCCGAGAACAAGAACCUGGACACCGACAAAUA